AUGGAGGACUAUCUCUCCAAUCCAUGGUGAACCCUGCAUUUACAAUUUUCAAGCACUGAAGAUCUGGGGGCAACAAAAACUGGUUAGUAGUACAGCAUAUUAGGGGGCGACAGGUGAUCGGAUUGUAACCAGUGCGUCCUCAACUUGCAUGAAUCCACAGGUCAACGUGACUGAUCCAGGAUGGCGACAGAUACAGCUUCUCAGACAACUGGCUCCAGGAUAAUGACCUUUAACCCUUCCAAGGAGGAAUUUAAAGACUUUAGUCGAUAUAUUGCUUACAUGGAGUCACAGGGAGCACACAAAGCUGGAAUGGCUAAGGUUAUACCACCCAAAGACUGGAAACCCAGACGCACCUAUGACGACAUCGAUGAUCUGGUGAUCCCAGCGCCCAUCCAACAGGUGGUGACAGGCCAGUCGGGUCUGUUCACCCAGUACAACAUUCAGAAGAAGCCCAUGACUGUUCGCGAGUUCCGCAAGACCGCCAACACAGACAAAUUCUGCAAUCCUCGCUAUGUGGAUUUUGAUGAGCUGGAGAGAAAGUUCUGGAAGAACCUGACUUUUAACCCACCACUCUAUGGAGCGGAUGUCAACGGAACCCUGUAUGAUCCAGAUGUGACAGAGUGGAACAUCGGGCGUCUGAACACCAUCUUGGACACGGUGGAGCGGGAGAGCGGCAUCAAGAUCAAAGGGGUGAACACGCCCUACCUGUACUUCGGCAUGUGGAAGAGCACCUUCGCCUGGCACACGGAGGACAUGGACCUGUACAGCAUCAACUACCUGCACUUCGGAGAGCCCAAGUCCUGGUAUGUCGUGCCCCCAGAACAUGGGAAAAGAUUGGAGCGCCUUGCUAAGGGGUUCUUUCCUGGGAGCGCUCAGAGCUGCGAGGCGUUCCUGCGCCACAAGAUGACUCUAAUCUCGCCUUCCAUCUUGAAGAAAUACGGCAUACCCUUCGAGAAGGUCACCCAAGAGGCGGGUCAGUUCAUUGUGACCUUCCCUUUCGGCUACCACGCCGGCUUCAACCAUGGCUUCAACUGCGCCGAGUCCACCAACUUUGCCACCCAGCGAUGGAUCGAUUAUGGCAAACAGGCCACUCUGUGCUCCUGCCGCAAGGACAUGGUCAAGAUCUCCAUGGACGUGUUCGUGCGGAAGUUCCAGCCGGACCGCUACAAGCUGUGGAAGGCCGGGAAGGACAACGCGCCCAUCGACCACUCCAAAGCCACGACGGAGGCGUCCGACUUCCCGAAGGGGGAGAAGGCCGAGGCGGAGGGCCCUGGCGAGGCGGCGGACGGGAGCGCGGCGGACGGCGACGCCGCCGCGGGAACGGCGCGGGCGGGCGAGAAGAGCCCAAAGCCCCAGAUCGGGACCAAGCGACAGCACGACGACGUGGAGGAGGCUCCGGAGGGCGCUAGCACCCAGCAGGCCGAGGGGGAGGGACGGGCGGAGCAGAAGAAGGCCAAGCUCACCAAGGCCGAGCAGGCCAGCAAAGGGGCCAGGCCGUCCGACACAGAGCCGCCAAAGUCCAAGCCAGAGCCGAAGGAAACCAGCAAGGAGAAGAAGCCGCAAGCCAACUCGGCCAAGCCCGCCGACGCCAAGCCGCCCGGCAAGAGCCCCGUCAAGAAGGAGAAGGGACCCGCGGAGAGCCCCGCUCGGGCGCCUUCUCCCCCCGCCGAGGCCCGGUCCCCGGCGGCCGCCGCCGCCCCCGAGAGGCCGGGGCCCAGCGAGGACGCCCGCGGCGCCAGCCCGGCCCACCGGCUGUUCCAGAGGACCCUGAGCCCCGCCGACGUGCUCCACGUCCACAGCUACGCCAAGGGCGACUACGGCGGCGAGGGCGAGCCGCCCGCCAAGGAGGAGAGGAAGAGCGACAGCAGCGACAGCGACUCCGAGGACCCCGACGAGAGCCAGGAGGCGGAAGAGGGGUACAAAAACGCCAGCGUGCCCAGCAACCUGGGGAAACUGCCCCGCCAUCACCCCCUGAUGAAGGACAGCAUGAGUGACGAGGAGCUGGAGGAGCAGGUGCCGGCGGAGGAGGACGGUCUGGAGGGGGAGAGCUGGGCCAAGCCCCUGGCCCACUUGUGGCAGACGCGGCCCCACAGCCUGAAGAAGGAGAAGGAGUACAACCGGCGCAUGGGCCUGCAGUCUCCCUACUGCUCCAUCUGCAUGCUCUUCCAGACCUACCAGCGGACCGAGUGCCCCGACAGCUCGGAGCUCCCGGCGGUGCUGUCCGGCGGCAGGCUGAGGACCAAGCCCCUCAUCCCGGAGACGUGCUUCACCACCAGCACCGAGGAGGGCUCUGAGGAGCCGCCCACACCCACCCCCCACCUGGAGGAGGACGGCACCAGCCUCCUCGUCAGCUGCUCCCACUGCAACAUCCGCGUGCACACCAGCUGCUAUGGUGUGGAUCCAGCCAGUGUGACCAAGGACUGGAAAUGUGCGCGGUGCAAGGCCAACGCCAUGACAGAGAGUUGCUGUUUGUGCUCACUGAGAGGAGGAGCCUUGCAGAAAGCCAAUAAUGACAAGUGGGUCCAUGUGCUGUGUGCUGUAGCGGUGUUGGAGGCACGCUUUGUCAGCAUCACUGAGAGAAGCCCUGUCGACCUCAGUGGGAUCCCCCUGCAGAGGUUUAAACUGAAAUGUUUCUACUGCAAGAAGCGGAUGAAGAAGACGUCGGGCUGCUGCGUGCAGUGCUCGCACGGCCGCUGCUCCACGGCGUACCACCCCACCUGCGCCCAGGCCGCCGGCGUCCUCAUGCAGCCCGACGAGUGGCCUUUCGUGGUGUACGUCACCUGCUGCCGGCACAAGGGCCCCGUCCAGACUGAGCGCAACAAAGCAGCCAUGCAAGAACUGACGGUCGGCCAGAAGGUGAUCUGCAAGCACAAAAAUGGCCGCUACUACCAGUGCGACGUGGUGCAGCUCACCAAGGAGACCUUCUACGAGGUCAACUUCGACGACGGCUCCUUCAGCGACAACCUCUUCCCCGAGGACAUUGUGAGCCGAGACUGUGCCCAGCUCGGGCCCCCGCCCCAGGGGGAAGUGGUGCAGGUACGGUGGACCGACGGCCUGGUUUACGGAGCCAAGUUUGUGGCGGCGCACGUGAUCCAAAUGUACCUGAUGGAAUUUGAGGACGGGUCACAACUAACAGCCAAGAGGGACGAUGUCUACUCCCUGGAUGAGGAACUCCCUAAGAGAGUCAAGUCAAGACUGUCGAAGGCGUCGGACAUGCGCUUCGACGGCAUCUUCGAAGAGAAGGAGAUCAUGAAGGUGUCCAAGAGGCAGAGGGUGCUCAACUCGCGUUACCGAGGAGACUACAUCGAACCUGUGAUCUACCGAGCCAUCAUGGAGUAGCCAACCUGCCAACAAGCCAAACCCCACACACACACACGCACACACACACGCACACACACGCACACACACACGCACACGCACACACGCACACGCACACACACGCACACGCACACCACCAGCACUGAUGUUCCCGACCUCUCGCUCACUUAACCUUAAAUCAGCCACUGUGUGAGUGUAUCUCUCACAAUAUGACUUCCUCUGAAUGAACUUGGCCCAGGACUCCAAGAUUGGACCCGGUUUUGUAUAUUUUAUACUUUUUGUUUCCCAACCACCCAUCAUUUACAGUAUCGAUUACUGGUAUGUGGUUUUUGACUGUGAUCCAUACAACCACACGUCACUUCUGCCAUAUUACAGUACGGUAGGCCUGUAUGAGUAAUAUGUUGUGCCCUGUAGCUGUAUACUUGUCAGGAAGACAAGUCUCGAAAAGCAAUAUCGGACCAUGGAAAUUCGAAGUAGCAUUCUAAUAGUAAAGCUUUUACGACAGGUCGAAGGUUCUCCCCGCUCAAGUUGCUUACAGAUUCGACUCGAGCUUUCCGAGUCGUUUCCCAGAAUGUUGCCGGUUGGUCAUUGAGAUAUAUUUAUUGUCCUAGUUUCAGGGUGCUCCUUGUACCCAUGGUUGGGUUUUUAAAGAGGUACAAUGCCAUUUUAUGAACUCGUAUGCCUCCUCUUUUAGCAGAUUCACACUGAUGACUGCAUUCCUAAACAUUGUAUUUUGUAGGAAUGCAAUGAAUAUAGCUUUUCCAUUUUUGGAGUUUUUUUUUUUUACCAGCCUAUUUAUUAUGGUGCUUUGAGUAAGUAACCUCUGCAAUACCGAUUUUUGUCAGUUGCAACGAUGUAGGGGUUCUGGACUGAUAAUGUAAGUUCUAUUUUUGCUAUAUAGAUUAAUUAGAGAGGGUCCAUUCAGAAUUGAUAUGGAACUCUUUAUAUCCUGUUGGUUCUUUGCUCUUUUUGAUGAAAUUUGUGCGUUGCACUUUUAUUUAAGUCCAGUUUGAUGGGACAGUUUCAUAGUUGUGUGCUGCCAUUGCGAAUUUGUCAAAGCCCUGUGUUUUAGGGGGUACAUGCUAAUUGUACAUUUAUAAGUUUGUUUGUUUUUUUUUGGGGGGGGGGGGGGGUUGUUCUUUCUCACAUUGGCCAUGCUUAUCAACCAUGAUGCACUUCGUAAUGAUAAGGUGACCCAGCCCUUGCUCUACAGUAGAGCACAAGACUAGCAGAGUUCAUACCGUUCAAGAGGCCCAUAGCGGGAGCCUAUUUACUUAUGGAAAGACAUACUAGGUGGGAAAGUUUUCUAUCAAAAAGCUUAUUUUAUUGGUUUGUUUUGUAAAAUAUGUUCUAUGUGUAUUUUCACAGUGUACUGUGAAUAUAUAUUGUUAUGUAGUUUAUUUAAAGAUACAAGUUGUUCGCCUCGAGGGAUCUUGUGUCAGUUCCUGUCAUGACCCCCUGGGAGUAGGCAUCAUCAGCAGCUUCCUGACCCUGGCUUUGUUCACGUGGCCUUUUUCCAUGUCUGUAAUAAAUUAAAACUGGACUUCCAGAUUAUCAUUCA